AUGAGCACAAACCUGGAGGGUGGCUCGAGAGGGACUCGCCCACGCUUGAAGUGCUUCCUGUUGGAUAAUUUCGCAUCAAUAGGAAUCCAUUUGAUGGUCAAAUUUUCCUUUUAUAUGCCAUUGAGCUGAAUGAAGCCCAAAGGGGGCGAACUUCUGGUGGCGAAAUGUGUAUUGAGAAUGUUUAAUGAUGCCAUCUCCACAAUUGAUUACUCUGGUAGUCAUAGCGACAGUCUCAGGACACUCACGGGACUUCGCACUCACACAGUCGUCCUGCAACAUGGCCGGGAAAUUUGUGUAUUCAACAAUGUGACACACGCACACUCCGCUAACGAGGGAAAUCACAGUGGCUCCAGGAGGAGGAAAGAUGCAGCUUCCAGAGCACUGAGAAUACGGGAUUGCCAGAGGAGAAGAUUGAACUUCCACCCCUGCAAGUCUCUCACCCUGGCGGGAAUACAAUGGCCAUCGGUGGUGUUUCUCCUUAUCGUGCAACUGGCAGACAGAAAUUCCGAGGCCACUCCGCAUUUUGGACACACAAAUGCUGAAGAGGGUGGCCUUAUCUUGGCCAUGCAAGAGUGCCAAAAAUGGAGGGAAAAACUCACAAUCUAUAGAGAAGGGAACACUUAGGGAUGCAAGACGAUGGAAAUUUACCACCUGAUUUGCAAUGAAUGAAGAGGAGAAAUUCAGAAAUUUCAUGAAACUUUACCUCAAAAGCAUUUACAAUAAUCAAGAAGUUGGUUUUUGUCUCUCAGACACCAAAAAUUAAUUCCAAUAGACCAAGAGAUAGAGAGUCAAAGGGAGGCUUUGGGAUAAAUUAUUGCUGUGUUGAAAUGCCGUCGAAGGAGUGGAGAAUGAGGGAAGAUGGAAAUUUUGCAAACAGCUGCCUAUCUUUUAUUGACGAGAUAUUUUAUCUCACAAUCGAAUCAAACUAUAAAUUAUUCAAUAAAAAUCCAAA